UCAACUUAUUAGGACAGAUCAAAACAAAGCAGAGCAUAUUUAACAGUGUGACCACUGAUUAAAUGGCAGCUUUUUAGGAAUGUAUUCUGGUUUAAAUGAUUAGCUGUUACUAUGAAUUCAGUUUAGUUUUUAAAUUUCUUUGCUAAGUUUAAAGUCUAGUUUCAGAAAUUCUGAUGUGCUCUUGCACCUAUUUGUAGGGCUGCUAUAAAUAGGCCCCUGCUGGCAACACAUGCGUGUCUAUGAUAGGCAGUUACAGAGACUUUCUUCACAGACUCUGGCUCUAAAGCAACACUGACAACAUCUCAGUGGGGCUUUUACAUGGAUAACACUAUUAAAUCUGAGCUUUGAACCUUGAACAAGCUUUGGACGUGACCACAAAGUAGCUUUAUACUGUGGGUGAUACAUUUAUAUCGGAUUUAAACAUUUUUGUGAAUUGCUUCAGUGGACGAUGACUUCCAGAAGGCCAAUGACUCGCACUUAUUCUGGCAAUGGGAGGACAAGCAGCUUCAAUGAGGAGGACAGCAGCUCUUCCAAUGGCCGCUCAGAAAGCCGCAAUACUUACCUCUCGAAUGUUAGGCCUGAAAACAGCUAUUCAAGGUAUUCUCACUACAGGCCAACGAGGAGCACGUUGUGCAGCGUCAUGGCUCAGCUGACCGAGGACAUACAGCCUUGCUUUGAGACCACCUUGAAAUCAAAGGCAGUGUCAGAAAACUGUAAUGUGAAGUUCACCUGUGUGGUAUCAGGUUACCCAGCUCCAGAACUGAAAUGGUAUAAAGAUGAUAUGGAAAUGGACCGAUACUGUGGACUCCCAAAAUAUGAAAUUCGUCGUAAUGGAAAAACCCAUACCCUUCAUAUUUACAACUGCACAUUGGAUGAUGCAGCCAUCUAUCAGGUUUCAGCCAGCAAUAGCAAAGGUAUUGUCUCCUGCUCGGGAGUUUUGGAAGUUGGCACUAUGAACGAGUACAAGAUUCACCAGAGAUUCUUUGCCAAGCUGAAGCAGAAAGCAGAGAAGAAGAAGAACGAUUUGGAAAUCCAGCCCAAGAAGGAGGAUAAAGAAAACAUGCAGAAAGAGAAACCGCAGAGAAGCCCAGAACGUCCACAGAGGAAGCGGCACGUCCCACCGCCGGAGGAGAGCCCAGUGGUCAAGGAGCCUGAGGCUGUGGAACAACUGGGAGCCUCUGCAGAGCCUAAUGGAGUUAGUUCUGAAGACAAGGACACAGUCAAAGACAGUGACCUUUCUCCAUCCGAGAAAACCUUGGCCAAAAAGAAAAUAAAGAUCUCAAAUGGAGUAGAUGCCGGUGUUAACAGCAGUAGCAGCAGCAACAGUAGGAGUCAUAUGAUGGGGAAUGGAGGGGAAAAUUGUUAUGAUGGCGGAAUCAGUUUGGCACACUUUCUGGCAGAGACUCUCCAGUCCCAGGCUGCUGAGGAGAAACUCAACUCACCUAGAGGGGAGAAACAUAAAGAGAUGGAUAUUCCUAUUGUAAAUGCCAGUAAAGAGAAAGAGAAAGAGCAAGAGAGGAUACGGAAAGAGAGAGAAGAAAAAGAAAAAGCACUAGAGGAAGAGUAUGAGAGAGAGAAAAGGAGAGAACAUGAAUUGGCCACAGAGAGAGAGGAGGAAAGGGAAAGGUCGUUGGUGAUGUCGCACACAGUACCCACCACAAAACAUGAUUCAGAAGUCAAACAUCACAGCAAGGUUCAUAAGGAUCACGACCACCACCACAUCCAGGCUUCCAUCUCCUCUAUGCUUCACACAGUCAAAGACUUCUUCUUUGGUAAGAGUAAGAAGGACUCUCAUGAUCACUUUGAGGAGAGAGAGUUUGACCACUCGCAUGCCUCAACGUUCCCUCCACAACCGCAAACACCACCAUCAUUGCGGCUGCAACCAGAGCAUAAACAAGAGUGCAAGCCCCUGAUAGAAGAUGUUGUGCCUAUGGAAAUGGGUAAACCAAAGGAGCCUUCAGAAACAAUGGAUAUAGAGCAGCAGUCAGCGUCACUGGAGCCACAUGAACAUAAGCAUGAUGAAAGUAUUCUACACACAGACCUGCCACCAGCUCAUAUAUUGUCACCUGAGAACGUAGAGGAGUCUACCGGGCUGAGCGCCAAGGAGGCUGAUGAUGCUGUGGUGGCUAUGGAGGUGUCUGUGAGCCCAGAGAGCAGCAGUCCAGGUGAAGAAAUGUCAUUGUCUGGGCUUCAAGUUCUCACUGAGGCUGAAUCUCAGGUAGACUCAGUUAUCACAGAAGUUUCCAUAUGCCAGCAAAAGCCAGAUUGUCUGGUAGUUUAUCACCAUGCUGCAAGAGAUGAGUCUUCACCCAGGGAAGAUAUAUCUGUCUUACCACAGACCCAACCCCCUUGUGAAGAGGAAUCCUCCCCCACACCCACCCUCACUAGUUUGGAAGAAAGCGGGACUCCCCCCCACAGUGUUAUCUCAGACAGCCCCAGCCUUGGAGAAGCACCCACUGGGACUUUGCGAGAUGAGGAGAUGAGUGUUGAUAAGAUGGACAAAGAAAGUGAACCAGACACAGAGGGGGGUCGUUUGUCCAAUACGUUAUGUGAGGAAGAGAAAGCAGAAGUGAAAUCAAACAAACAGCCGUGCUCAGAUAUAAACAGAUCUGAAAUGACUGAAUUAACAACAUCUUCACUGGAAGAGAGAAUAGAGCCAUGUGAAUCUAAAACACCAGAUCAGGUGCUUGCAUCUCUGUCUGCUGUAGCAGCAUACAGUGUAGAGAGAUAUAACGAAAAAGAAGCGACUGAAAGUACUUCACUGAUUCAGGAAAUGAAUGUAGGAUUUCCGCCCACUGCGGCCCCAGAGAGUUUGGAGAUGGGUGACCUAAAAAUACAGCAAGAAUGCAGUUCUUCUAUAGUAGAGGAAAGCACAGUCCACAAUGUCAGCGCACUGGAGAGUUCAAACUCAGGUUUUAGAGAUAGUGAAGACAGAAUUGAAUUGCAAGAUUUAGAAGAAGUUAAUUCGUGCAAAAAUCUAAAAGCACAAGAGCCAGACAUUUUCGAAGCUGAGGGCACUGAAGCAAGGAAUGAGAGCAUACAGUUCGAAGAGGAGACAGAAAAGAUAAAUCCAGUGAAAGAAGAGGAGUUUGAUGAAUCAAACAGCCUUUCAGUGACACAAAACAAGGAAGGUAAUGCUAAUGUUUUGGAGGAACACAGUAAUGCUCCACAUCAAGACAGCAGUGAGAGACAACAGGGUUGGCCCUCAGAGAAUAUUCCACAAAUCCAAAUAUCUACUAUUGAAGACACCCCAGAUACUAAACCAACUGUGCCAGAUGUGAACCCAAAUGAACAUUUUGUAAUCCCAAAAAUUGAAAUAAUGGAGCCUGAGCUAAAAGAACACACUGUGCCACUAAGUAUUUUGGCACUAAACAAGCAAGAAUCAGAGUCUGCUAUUUUGCAAAAACAUGAUGCAACUCAUGUGUCAGCAGUAAAAAUCCAACAACAGAGCAUGAGUGAUUCUUCAAGUUUGUUGCCCACACAGAAAGGUAUGCAGAAUGAUUAUAACCUCUUACCAACAGAGAAAACAAAGGAAGUUGCGCAAUUAGAUGAUGAGACAGAAAUGUUUGAGCGAGAGCAGCCAUUUCCUAAAAGCAGUAAACAGCUCCCUCAGAUGGACUUUGUAUCAAUUCCUGUGAUAAAUGUUUCGUGCACUGAUGACAAGGAGGACGAUGCAAGUGCAAACAGACACAUUUCAGAUACGCCACAGUCUUUUGAAAUUCCAACUGUGCCUUUGUUUGUGGUGCCACCGAUCUCUGUCACUUGUCACGAAAGUGAUUCUGCACUUAAUCUGUCCUCUCACAUUGAGUCAACAGAAACAGAAACUUCAGCUGUCAAGCAAAACGGAACAAGGCAUGAUGAUGACAAGAAAAAAGAAGAAAUGGCAGAAAAGAGUGUAAAAGAGAACAGUCUCUCAAUGCUAUAUGAAGCUCUAACACCAAACGUUGGUAACAAUGUGCCAUCAUCCAGUAAAACAACAGAAGACAACAUUGUCCCUGAAAUCUUGAAGACAAGACCCCUUAAAGAGGCCAAAACAGAGAGUUCUGUCUCUGUUGAGGAGCUCCAAAGAAACAGAUCGUCUGUCGAGAGACUGUCCUCUAAACCCCCAACACAUCCAUCAUUGAGUCCAGCCAGUCUCCGGAAAUUCAUGUCCAAAGCUCCUCCAGACUCAGACAAUGAGGCUGUGACGGCUAUCCCUGUAAUCACUGUGGGUGAUCGUCAGAGUGACAAAGCAGACGAAGAUCUGAGUGGAGGCUCAACACCAACAUCAUCCCUCUCCUGUGAAAGCAGUCCUCGGCUGAAACGCAGAGACAGUCUGUCCCUCAUACGCUCUGCCACACCUGAGGAGUUGGCCUCCGGAGCUCGUCGCAAAAUCUUCAUCCCAAAACCUAAAGAAGAUGGAGAGGGAGCAGUGGUUGGUGCGCUAGAUACUCAAGUUAAGAAGGAGAGCCCCUACAUGUCGCCCAGCCAGGCUCGCAGAGCAGCAUUACUACAAGCUUCCACAGGACAAAAUACUCCACCAAUGGAAAGGCGCUCUCCCCUGCUGAGCCGCAGAAAGGUCACCUUGGAGGUGCCAAAAGUCGUGGAGGAGACUCCCGCAGAAGAGCCAGUCAGCACCAAACGAGAGGAGAAACCUGCUGAAAAGAAGCUAGACCCUUUGAAAGCUCCACAGGUCAUCCGCAAAAUCAGGGGAGAGCCAUUCCCGGAUGCCUCCGGACACCUGAAGCUCUGGUGCCAGUUCUUCAAUGUGCUUAGUGACUCCACCGUUAAGUGGUUCAGAGAUGAGGAGGAAAUACUAGAGGUGAAGAGAAGUGGAGGAGAUGAAAGCCAAGUAGCUCUGGCUAUUGUCCUAGCAUCCAGCCAAGACUGUGGGGUAUAUGGCUGUUCCAUCAAUAAUGAAUAUGGGACUGACACCACUGACUUCCUGCUCAGUGUAGACAUUCUGUCUGAGAUAUUAUUAAGAGAUGAUUUGGAAGUUGGAGAGGAGAUCGAGAUGACCCCACUGCAGUUCACCAAAGGCCUGGCCAACUGUGGCACCUGGGGUGACAGGUACUUUGGCCGCAUCAUGACCGAGACGGCGAACAUCGGGGAGGGCUGUGCUCACAAAGCCAGCAGAGUGAAGGUCAUUUAUGGACUGGAUCCUGUCUUUGAGUCUGGAAGCGCCUGCAUCAUCAAAAUUCAAAACCCCAUUGCCUACGGGACCAAACAGGAGAGCAACCUUGCAGAAAGGAAUCUAGAGAUUACUAAACACGAAUGCAAAGUCCAAAACAUGAUUCGAGAAUACUGUAAAAUCUUUGCUGCUGAAGCAAGAGUUAAUGAGAACUUUGGCUUUUCACUAGAAGUGACUCCUCAGUAUCUGAUGUACCGGCCUGCAAACUCUGUGCCAUAUGCCACAGUGGAGGCUGAUAUCAAGGGUGUCUUUCUCAAGUAUUGUAUGAUGGAUCCUAAAGGCAGGCUAAUUACACGAACUGGUUCUGAGGUGGAGCAGAAAUGCAGCACCUUCCAGCACUGGAUCCAUCAGUGGACGCACGGCAAUUUGCUGGUCACUCGGCUGGAGGGUGUUGAAACGAAGAUUACAAAUGUUCAAGUUGUGACCAAGUCAAAAGGAUACCAAGGACUAACAGACCGUGGUUCUCCUGAAGUAUUUGAACAGUUCCUGACACACCAUCAGUGCAACUACUACUGUGGACUUCUUGGCCUACAACCACUUAAGACUAUGGAUAGUCUGCAGCCCACCAAGAUGAAGGGCUCUAGGAGCCCCCUGCUCAACCGCAAGUUGGGCUCUAACAGCCCAAAGCUGCAGCGGAAAGGACAAAGCCCUCAGAUGUUAAGAAAGGCAAAUUCUAGCCCAAAGGUAACUAGAAAAGUGCAGGAGACAGAGGACAAUAAAUCAGGUGCCAAACCCAAGCCUGCAGAAAUUGUUGACGUUCUUGAAAUGAGGUAGGAAAAGAAGCUCUUUUGUGUCAAGCAAGAUUUUAUUACUUUUAAUGGUUUAGUAUUACCUGUUUCUUUCCAGUUACCAAAGCCAGCAAGGACUUGAAGAGUAAGAUUAUAAGAAAAUGAAUAGUGUGUUGACCUGUCUUGUCAUAAAGAAUUACUGUGAACUCAGUUGCCAUUACAGUUACGGUGCCAUCAAUCGUCCAGCUAUUUCCUGUAGUUAAAAGGUUUAUGAGACUAUUUGGAGCAAUGGGUACAAGGGUUUUGACCUUAUAUCUCAUUGACACCAAACAACAAAAUCUGUGUUUUUACUUUAACAGUAUGAAAAAAAAGCUAAAACUGGGCCACAUAACAGGUGACAUACCACUAUUAAAUGGUUUGAAACACUUACCUCAGAGUCUUAUCAGCUCUAUGAGUGGACAAACAACUCUGCAAGCAAUAUUUGUCAACUCAAAUUCAUCAUCACUGAACCAUACAGUUUUGCUCUUUUCUUUUAACAAAUGUCGACAAUUUAGUGGUUUGAGUUAAUGCAUUAUGGAGAAUAAACCCACAGCCACACAGGGGGUUGAGGUAAUGUAUUCAUAGUAGAUGCUGCAUGUUUAUCUGUGUUGUACAGUAUGUGUAGGACAUAAAGUUUAUUUUGGAGAUGUUAUUUAUGGUUGGCAUUUGAACUGCUCACGCUGUUGAAUUACAGCACCAUUUUUAGGUCAAAGAUGUUUGCGUGCACCUUGUUUUUGGCAUUACUUUUGAGUUGUUUUUGAGCUCUUUGUAUCUGUUGUGUCUGUGUCUUUAAUCAGUCCUCUUACAGUAUUUUAGAAUAUAUGCUGUUGAAUGAUAUUGUCAAAACAAUGAGCACUAAUGGGCUUACCAGUAAACUCUUUAAUUAUGGUAUGCUCACACUCAUUGACAUGGCAAACACAGGAGUAGAAAGGAAAGCUGCUAAUUGAGUUCCAGAUAGUUAUUUUGACCUGACCUAUGUACUGUGGGAUAAUGGCACACUGAACAAAAUAAACAAAAGAGCAAACUCAGAGCUUUCAGAAGCCUAUUGAUCAUUAAGAAAGGCUCCUUGCCUUGCAAGUUUUAUGGCAAGUCACAUUUUGCUGAAAAAGAGAGUGGUGAGUUUUGCUUGUGUGCAGUUGGUCAGAAGGAAACCAUACCAAUCUUAAGUAUUGCCUUUUCUUUUUGUUCUAUUAUUAUUUGUUCUAUUCUUUUUUUUAGGUUACAAAGCCAGCAUGGACUUAAGGAGUAAGAAUGAAAACUGUCUGUUAUCUCAUGAGUGUGCACAGGUAUUCAUGGUUAAAUUUUAACUGGAGUCACUUAUCUUUUACAAUUAAUACAGAACUGACUGAAAUCUCUCGGAAAUUCUGAAAUGUAUUAUUGGUUAAUGAUCAGUGAGAGUCUUCAAAUGAGUCCAAAUACUUCAGAUGCCGUUAGUUAAUUGCAUGAUUGUUUAACACAGAAAACCCUAAUUCUAUAAAAACAUGUUGCAAUGAGGUUAAAAUUUUUAUCAGCAGACGACAAACAAAUGGUUGUAUUUAUGUGUACAUAAAGUCAAAGGACUAAAUACCUAAAGUCGUGUGAAGAAAAAUGUAAAAUGCGUGGGUGAGUGUGCGAGUGAGUAAAUGAAUGACUAAUUAAGAAAGAAUAAAUGUGUGUUAACAAUGUGUGCUGUCGUUGUUAUGUCACAUUAUGUCAGCUAAUUUUUAAAAAAUAAAUAUGUAAAACAUUUGUGUCCAAGCAUA